GUUCCGCUUCCGCAUUGACAACAUUUGUGUCUUCUUGGUCAAUUUUAUUUGAUGUUGGCCAAUUUUUCUUCAGGAUUAAGAAGAAAACCCAACAAUACACCUUCCACCAUGUGGAUGAAGUGUGUAAAUCAACUGGGCAGUCAGCUUAGGAAGUAUCAGUGCUGCAGCUUAAAAUAGAUCCUCUGCACACUUGUAUAAUGGCAGCCUAAAAACACCUCUUGGCAGGUCUCUCUUGGAGGAUAGAGGCAUUGUUCAUAUGAUUGACCUAAACCUGAAAUGAUACAGCCAAAAAGAAGUGAUGCAGAAUAAAUAUUACACCCAUCUAUUUCAUGUCCAAGAUCGGGCUUUGGCCAGUACAAAUCCAGCGACCAGCUCGUUAUGUUGAAUAAUCACUGCUUUUCUUGAAGACAUGGGAAUCAGCCAUCAUAAUAGGUUGGCCAACUAUUGAGGCUCAAGGAGCCACAGGAGGAAGAGGUGAGGGACUCUGUGGUCUUGAGACAAUGUCUCGAGAAGCCAGCAUGUCCACUUCUGUACAGAGUUGGCUCGGCCACGAGUUGGAGGUGCGGGGCAUUGAUGCUAUGAUCUACACUCGAUACAUCCUGAGUAUCCUACAGCAGGACAGUGUUGAGGUAGAUUACCAAGACCCAUUUCAUUCUCCAAAGAAACGAGAACCAGUCCCCAGUGUUCGGAAGCCUAAAAGCAAGACCAAGAAGGUAGAUAAGAAGUCUGACAAGCGUAAGUCAGUGGAAGUGGACCCAGACCAAGUGAAGAAAAGUGCUGCAGUUGAAUGCUUACUGUCAGUGACAGAUCAAGAUUCAGACAUUGAGAAUCUCAUUGAAGAGUUAUGCGUCAAACUGAAGCAACAGUCCUCACUGAAAAAAGAUGUGGCAUCAACUCCCACUCCUAGUAAGAAUGAAGUAAUUGCAGCUUCUCCUGGUGAUCCAAAGGAAAAGUACUUUGCAGCCUUCCCUUCUCUAUCUGGAAAGGAACAGCAGGGAUCCGCCUUUGGUGUUGUAUGGAAGAAGGGCAAAGCCAAGCUGUGGAGUGAAAAAGUAGGAAACAAAGAAGAUGGUCUGGGGAACUUAAGUGACUCUCGUCUCACCAACUCAACCAAGACUGAAAAAAAUAGAAAAGAAGACAGUAGAGGCAAACCAGAAGCAAAGCGGUGCAAGAGUGCUGAUGGAACUUCCAAUCAUUCCCCAGUCAUUGUUAAGUCUGAUAAGUCCAUUAAGCCAGGUGUGGUGAAAAAAGAAGGACCUGUUGGAGUUGGAAGAAAGCCUGCAUACACCAGAAAACAGCUGAAUGAGAAUAAGAAUUAUUCAGUUCAAGCUGGAAACGCAACAGAAGUUGAAAUACAGUCGAAAACAAAGUCAAGACGAUCAGUCACUCCCCAGCCCAAACAUGGGCGCUUUGGAAGGCAUGAAAUUUCAAGAAGGCCUUUCGACCAAGAGAGAAGAGGUAAAGCUGGCAAACAUUUUUCAUCCAGCAAGACAAACACAUGGCCUCUUCAUGGCAAACAGAAACCAUCAUUUAUUGUGCCAAAGUUUAGACCCAGCAGUGGUCACUCUUCUCCACUGUCAGCUAGUAGCAGCAAAACCAGUAGCGAGGAUGAGUCUGGAAGAAGGACCUCCCCUUACCCUCAGCACGCACAUGUGCCUAAGAAAGGCAUAAAACAGACCACUGCAGAGAAGGCACCCACUUACUCCUUUAGGCCCAAGAGAUCAGUGACCCCAGAACUUCAGGAGGACUACGGUUGGUAUGUUAAGCCUCUGGAUGAGAUGUUCCGGCACUCACCUACUCCCAAUACCAUCCGCUUGUAUAAUCGUGGCCUUACUGUUCAUCAUGAAGAGCCGUAUCGAAGGAGCACCCCCGAAGUAGGCCUCGACCUAGUGGCACUGUUUGAAGAAUCGCAGGAGGCUUUUGUAGAAUCAAAUAAUGAGUUACCAUCCCAGUCAAGAUUCUUAAAGUUGUUUGAAAAUGCAUCAAAGACUGACCAAGAGGAACCUGUUGUCUUAGCUGAAGAAGCAGCUGCAGGCAAGACGACUGAGAGCAGCCCAGAUCCUUGUCACUGGUUCCUCUCACAGAGUGAAAGUUCCGAUGAGAAUAGCUGUGAAGAACCCAACCCCAUGCCAGAAUUGGUUCGCACUGAAGAUGUCCUGCUCAGUCCCGGUGAAGAAGUCUUCUGGGAUAAUGAAUCCUUAGGAUAUGCCUCCCAAGAAGAUGGGGUUCAACCCGAGUCGCCACUCUCAGCAGUAGGUGUCAUAAGGGAAAGCAUGUUGGAACAGAAAAGUGAAACAGAGAGUUCUUUACAGAGUUUGGAUAAGAAUGUAAGCACAUUAUUGUCAGACACAGGUGGUUCUCAGUGCCAGUUGACACAGGGAGAGCCCAGUGCUGAGAAGAUUUCUUCUGGUACCCAGAGCCACACAGAAGACUACAAUAACAACGAGUCCAGUAACAUUGAUCCAGUCAAAGAAACCCUGUCUUCUGAUAGCUUCUGGCCUUUGGAACUGAUCACUGGGAGCUCAAUCUGGAGUCCUCUUGCUGUAAAUGGAAUCACCACAAGUUCUUAUCCCUGGGGAAGUUCAAACGGAUUCUCAGAUCACCACGGACUAUUCACAGCCUCAAAUAUGUUUAGCGGCUUGAAUCUUGAAUUGUCCUUUGGUGAAUCUGUGUUCAGAAGCAUGAGUACCCACAGGUUUCUACAUGAUGGCUAUUCGGAGGGGCUGUGCCUAGAGAUGGAUUGCAUGAAUCAAAGCAGCUAUCCCUGGAUGGACAGCAUCAGCAGUCUUAUUUCUCCGAGGAGAGCACCUGGUCAGGACACCUUUCAGCUGUGGGACGUGAAUUCACACAGGCCGUUCAAUUUUGAGGGUAACGCUCACAACCUUUGGGUCAGCAAUGGGAUCUUGUCUUUUGCUGAAGAUUGGUCUGCUAUUAGAUCCUUUCCCGAUCUGGGAUAUGGCAUUCUUAAUGGCGAGCAGACUUUCAUCAAUGGUGGGGUGUAUGGGAAUGUUCCCACGGAUUCUUUAGAUAAUAUUUGGAGUAUAAGGGCCGUAGGUGAAACUUGGGGAAAUAAAAGUUCCUACGUAGACAACCUUAGUCUUUCCAGUUCUUGGGAUAAGGACUGGUUUCAUAGUGCAUUAGUAAACAAUUUAGAAGAAUUAGAGAAUGAUAAUUCUGAAGAUCUCUCCUCAGAUCCCCCUGUAGGGAGAUUUAGGGCUCGUAGUAUAUCUGUGGAUAGUGCAUUAUGUACUUAUGCAAGUUGUUCUGGAGACACUGGCACUUACUCAUAUUUUGGUGCAUCGGAAGACCCUACACAUAGGCCUCUGCAUCAUGUCUUCAGUGAAUCUGAGAUAUUCAGAGGAUCAGCCUUUAGGAGAUACAGACGUGGCAGUGAUUUUUAUAGUCAGUUAAAUCAACAACAUUUAAAACUCCUGACACAUUACAGAAGGAAUGUCGCUGCUGCUGUUGCAGCUGCAACUAUCGCUAAAAAUGUAACGCCGCCUCUAUCUGGGGAGGUGGAGGAAGAGAACCUGUUCUUUUCGCCCAAGACUCACUUCAGGCCUAUCCAGACGCCGCGCACUGAAAGCUUAGAAAAUGACUCCAGUAGCAACACCCAAGUGACAUCUCCAACUGAAGAAGCAAACGAAGAGGAGUCUGCUGCAGAUUCCUACGGAAGCAAUUACCAAGUGUACCUUGGAGAUGAGGUGUCCCAAGAAAAUGGGGCCGAGUUUGUACCAAAGUUUAAGAUUCAAAGAGACAAUAAUAAGUCUGCACAAACAGACUCUUCUUGUAGCUGUGAUAAUUUGAGGGAUAGCAUGAGUGACAGUAGGCAGCAGUUAGGCAUGUGUCAUAAACUUGGCAAUAACACAGUUAUGACCUCCAUUGAGGAGGAAGGAGGUGGUGCCUUUGAGAAACUUAUGUCACAUUUAGAUAAGGAGAAUUUAGACUCUCAGUUACCUUACAAUCAUAGAACAGCAGAUAACCAAAGAGAAGUAGACUCUCCUGUAUAUGUUAAUUGCUCAAGUCAGAUUGCAACUGGUGCCGUUGGUGAUCAGACCAGACUGUGGUCUGGUCAUAUUUUUGAUAUUGCCAGCAGCUUACGAGAACUGUGGAUAACAGACGAUGAAAUAGACGUGCUCUCAUUAUGUCAGAUGCACAAUACGGAGACAUCACAAGAAGAGGGGGGUGAAAGAAUAGCCGAGGCUAGCCUGAACCCCCUUACCGAGAGUGGGGCAUGUAGUUCUCUGCCCAACUCCAAGGUGCAACUUCUGGCACCAGACCUGGGUGCUAGUAGUAGUAGUAAUAGUAGAUUAGGCACUGAUUUCCAAGCUGGUGCUAAACUGGAGACAGAGAUUCCUGCUGUAAAGCAUGUGGACUUGAGUCCAUAUGACAACCUUAGCUGUGAUUUUGCCGAGGACAGAUGUUUUGAUCAUUCCCAGGACUCUGUCCUCCCCACUGCUCCUGUAGAGAGUGGGUGGAAUCCCUGGAGCGCUGACAGCAACUGUCAGCAGCAAAAUGGAGGGGAUCAGAACUCUGAACCUGUACAGUAUUUAUUCCUAGUAAAUAGCACUAGUAACUUAUGGAAAGAGACACAAAAGAAUGACUGUAAAGAGAAAUGUGAAGAACAGACUGGACAGGGUCAUUGUUUAUCUGAAAGUUGGCACCCAGGUGGACAAAGCUCUUCAGUCUUUGAAGGCAAUCCAGGUGUGCCUAAAAUACACUUUGGUAGCUGGCAGUCAUCGGGCAUGCAUGACACAGGGAAGUAUCACUGGUCAACUGAAGUUGACAAUCACAAACAGAGGAAAGAUUCUUGUGGAAAGCCUGUGAAACAGAGGAGCACCAAGCCUUGGAAGGAGUUGAUACAAGACGAUGAAGAGGAAGACAGUUCUGGGGAAGAGAUUCCGGUGACCUCGAGAAGAGUUAACAACAAAAAUGGCAACGAGAAAAAUGAACAGGAUGACGAUGUUUUCACUGAUAACACAGCUGACUUUCUAUUACAGAUGUUCCCUUUGGAGAUAGUGGACUCUGUGCCCAUGCCGUCCCAUGCUCAGGUGUUGUACUCAUCCGAUCUGGAAGAACAGUGGAGAACCUCAGGAAAGCACUUUGAAGUCCAGAAGCCGAGGAAAGAUAAAUCAGGGCCACGCAAGAAGCCAUGCAGCUUCUUCUUGGAGGGUCACUGUAGACGGGCGGACUGUAAAUUUUCUCAUGAUCUCACCCAGAUAACCUGUAGGUUCUGGGAAGAAGGGUGCUGUUUUAAGGGUCUUACUUGUCCUUUCCUGCAUGGGUACCAAAGGUAA